UAAGAGCGGCCGUCCUGAUUCAGAAGUGGUAUCGUCAGUACGUGGCCCGCACGGAGAUGAGGCGGAGGUACACCUGGCACAUCUUCCAGUCCAUCGAAUACUCAGGAGAGCAGGCUCAAAUCAAGCUUUACAACUUCCUGGGCUACCUCAUGGACAACUUCACACCGUCCAGCAAUGAGCGAAACCUGAUCUCGCACAUCUUCAGGGAGAACGAGGUGUGUCAGGACGCGGAGUGGGAGCGCUACUUCUGCUACAAGAACAUCCAGGUGCCCGAGAUCUACUCAGGACCUCACCUGUGUUUCCCCGUGACUGUGGAGCAGGCCGUGGGCCUGGUGGAGGCCUUCAGGAACAAGAAACAGCUGCACUCGCGCUACGUCCUGCAGCUCCUCCUGGAGACGUGGAAGCUGCUGCGCAUGUUGCCCAACAUCAGCCGCAUCUCCACCUGCCACAGCAAAGAAAUCACCAUUUGUGGGGAUUUGCACGGGCAGCUGGAAGACCUGCUAUUGAUCUUCUACAAGAACGGAAUGCCGUCCUUGGAGAAACCGUACGUGUUCAACGGAGACUUUGUGGACCGAGGCAAAGACUCCAUCGAGAUACUCAUCAUCCUCUUCGCUUUCCUGCUGGUCUAUCCGACCGAGGUCCAUCUGAACCGAGGCAACCACGAGGACCAUAUCAUCAACCUGAGGUACGGCUUCACUAAGGAAGUGUUGACGAAAUACAAGAUGCACGGCAAACGGAUCCUAAAGUUGCUCCAGAAGAUCUUCAGCUGGUUGCCAUUAGCGACGGUGAUCGACCAGAAAGUUUUGAUCCUCCAUGGUGGGAUCUCUGACACCACGGACCUCGGCAUCCUGGUUAAAGUGGACCGACACAAUUACGUGUCAGCGCUGAGGCCACCUAAGAAGAAGUUCCAGAGCUCUAGCAGGACAUCCAUCGACUCGGAGGCGGAUGACGACUGGGGCCAACACAGGCUCUCCCAGCGCCGGGCUUCCCUCACGUGUCCGAAAAAUUUGGCCAGCCGGGGAAACUUCCUAAACCGCUCCCUGCAGGACUUCUCCGAUCGGAUCAAAGUCAGCAAGGAGGAUGAAGUGAAGGUGUGCCAACAGGGGGCGGCGCUUCUCGACGCGGGGAUUGACCCGGCGGCGAAAGGAGUGGACGCGUCCUUCAACCCGGUCGUCAGCGACAGUGCCAAGGAAGAGUGGAAGCAGAUCCUGGACCUGCUAUGGAGCGACCCGAUGUCGCAGGACGGCUGCAUACCCAACGAGCUGAGGGGCGGCGGCUGCUACUGGGGUCCCGACGUCACCGAGGACUUCCUAGGCAAACACCACCUGCAGCUCAUCAUCCGCUCGCACGAGUGCAAGCAGGACGGUUACGAGUUCUGCCACAACCGCAAGGUCCUCACGCUCUUCUCCGCCUCCAAUUACUACGACGUGGGAAGCAACCGAGGGGCCUACGUGAAGCUGGGACCCAACCUGGUGCCUUACGUGGUUCAGUAUCAGGCCAGCAGCAUGACAAGAGAGCUCACCGUGCGUCAGAGCGUGGGUAAAACCGAACGCUCCGCCCUCAAAGUCCUCCGGGAGCAGCUGUUUUCCCACAAGUCGGACCUCAUUUGUGCCUUUAAGAGGUUGGACGACGAGAACACAGGUCUGGUUUCCCUGAACAACUGGGCGUCUGCGGUGGAGAGCGUGAUGCGCCUGGGUCUCCCUUGGAGGAUGCUGCGCUCCCAGCUGGUCACGGGUAAGACGGCCGACAGCCUCAUCGACUACCACGAGUGGUUCAACGAGCUCGCCAUCAAGGGAGCCAACGCCGACCACAUUGACCAGAGUCUGCUGGAGACGCUGUACCGCCACCGCUCCACGGUGGAGACCAUUUUCAGGAUUGUCGAUACGGACAACUCAGGCUUCAUCACCAUGGAGGACUUCCGUCAGACGUGGAAGCUGCUGAGCGUCUACCUGAAGAUGGAGAUCACGGACGACGCCAUCUCCGACCUGGCCGUCACCAUCGACAGCAACCACGACGGAAGCAUCGACAUCGACGAGUUCAUGGAGGCCUUCCGCCUCACCGACAAGAAGAGCCGUCUGGAGCGAGGCCGCAGCAUGUUCAUGGCCACGACCACCGACCUCAGCGCGCUGGAGGGGGACCCCAACGUGUGACCAGGCGCACACUUUCCCACUACUGCUACGCUGCUGACUGAUGUUGUUGGAGGUGGAGCUCCCCCUGCUGGACGUGGCAGGGCACUGCAAACAAAAUAACUUCCUAAAUCUGCGCCUUUAUCCAGAUCCUCACUAUUAUUUAAGGGCUUCUUCCUGGACUUACGGAGUUUCAAAUCCAUACAUUGAAAAGUUUUUGUGUGACAAAAAAAACAUUCAAUUAAACAAAAAUCA